AUGGCGACAGGGAAGUCUUCGAUGAUUCUGAAACUGGCAGGACAGUUUAUUCACCACGAGAAAGUUUAUCCGACGCCCGGAGUGGAAGUGACGGUAGUCUACUGGCCGAUGAAGAAUGUGAUGAGCGAAGACGUUUUGCUGUUUAGAAUUGAGUUCUGGGAAGCUGGUUCCAUCGCCGUCGCAAGAUAUGGAUACAUAGAAGAAAUGAUUCACGACGAAACAUCCCCAGCGGACGCAAUAAUCCUUACCUACUCAUGCGUGGAUAGAUCUUCCUUUGACGAGCUGCCUGAGAUACUCGAAAUGAUCAAAAUGAAGAUUAACUCGGAGCCCCUUUUGAUUUGUAUGGCCACACACGCGGAUCGCUACUUGUCAGCAGAGAUGGCAGGAAAUCGCCUCUCUGGUGGGAGCACAAACAGCGGAGCGUUGACCGCUCCGAUCGACAAACUGACUGGGAUUUUCUGGGCUCUCGUCAAUUUCGUUGUGAUAUUCUUCUCGACAAUGUUGAACAUGGACCCGCCUCGAAAUGAAUCGCAGAACAGAUCUUGGGGCCGACGAGAUGGUGAUGACCGUCCCGGAGGAGGACGCCGAAUGGGCGGCAUCGACAGUUUUAGACAAAGAGCAAGCGCGCCUAACAUGGGCGUUGGAGGCGGAUGA